AUGAGACAAUUUCACCAGUUGCUCGCCGCUGGAGCGAGCUUUCUUUCAAUCGCUCAUGCUGUCGACACUCUUGUCGAUGUUGGCUACGCAAAGUACCAGGGAGCUAUCGUUGAUUCGAAGCUGGGAGUGUCUGCAUGGAAGGGUAUCCAGUAUGCGGCGCCCCCUGUUGGCCCUCUACGUUUUGCAGCGCCGCGGGAUCCCAUCGUUUCUGGACUGAUUAACGCGACAACAAACGGUGCAACUUGCCCGCCCAACCGCCCUGACGAUUGGACCGUGGCUCAGCCCAACAAACGCUUCCACAUCGCCGAAGACUGUCUCUAUCUGAGCGUGUAUGCGCCUUCCGGAGCCAAGGUCGACUCCAAACUACCAGUGGUGGUUUUCUUCCAGGGAGGCGGCUUCACAUCGCAGUCUAGUGCCAACUGGGACCCUACCGAAAUUGUGGCCGAUGGUCAGGUCGUAUUUGUUCAGUUCAGCUACCGUGUGGGCCUGUAUGGAUUCCUUAACAGCAAAGAAGUCAAAGCAGGAGGUGGCGACGUCAACGCGGGCAUACGCGACCAAAUCAAGGUGUUGGAAUGGGUCCAAAAGCACAUCACCCGAUUUGGUGGCAAUCCAGAUCACGUUGUCCUUGAUGGCGUCAGUGCUGGUGGAACUUCUGUUGCACUCAUGCUGGCAGCAAACACCGGCAAGAAGCUGUUCGUAGGUGGCAUCAUGGAGUCGGGCGGCUGGGUCACAAUGCGCACUCCCGAUUUGGGUGAGGAGCAGUACCAAUGUCUGCUCAAAGACAAGGGCUGCGCCAACGCCACCGAUGGCCUCUCUUGCCUACGCGCGCUGAACGAGUCAGCCAUCCGCACUACCAACUGCUGGUUCAACCCUAACAUCGACGGCGAUCUGUUCACCGACUCGCUCGUGAACCUCUUUGACCAAGGCAAGUUCGCCAAGGUACCGACAAUCAUGGGCGCCUGCGCACAAGAAGGUACCAAGAACGCGCCAGACACUCUCAACACUACAGCCGACUCGCUCAAAUGGCUAUCCAACCAGGACCCGAGUGUGGACAAUUCGUCCCUUUCUAUUCUUGACGAUCUCUACAUCAAGGUGAAGAAGCCCAUAUUCCCAGGCAAAGGACGCUACUGGCGCAACACUGCCGACGCCAUCGCAGAUAUCGGAACCAUCUGCCCAACACGCAAUAUCCAAAACGCCAUAGCCGCCAAAAAGGUACCCACAUACAGCUACAACUAUGAUGUCCUGGACCCGACUGAUGAGGCAAAUGGUCUCGGCGCCUGGCACACCGUCAAUGCGUACUCUUUCUGGGGCGUGAAGCGCACCGACGGCCAGGACCCACCCAGCUACUUUAACACAAAUGCACCCAUCAUCCCCCAGGUACGCAGCUACUGGACCAGCUUUAUUCGCAACUUGGACCCCAAUACGGACCGCGUCAAGGGCGCUGCUGAGUGGAAGCCGUACACUGGUUUGGACGCACGUGAGAGGCUCCUGAUCCAGACCAACAACACCAAAAUGGAGCGCAUGAGUCCUGCACAGUCUCUGCGCUGCGAUGUCGUCAGACCCAUGAGCAAUGACCUCGGAAAGCCAGUUGGAAAGGGUGUCAUCACCAAAUUCGAUAGCGCAUUAGCAAAGAAGGCUAGUGAGGCAAGUGACAGUACUGCUCCGGUAGUGAGCAAGAGGCAUCUGCGAAACCGGGUUUACUAG